CGUUGCUACUCGCAUCGAGAUUUGCGCGGCCGUGUCUUGCUCGCGCCUGCUGCUCUGUUGCCCCCCUUCCUUCCAAGGUCGCGUCAGCGCCCAGAUCUCUCGCUCGCUCGCCGGCGCCCCGGCUAGAUCUGGGCGGAGCUCGGAGGCGGAGCCGUGCGCCAGUGUCCAAGUUUGGUAAGACCCAAAGCGGUGAGGAGGCGAGGGAAGACGCGCGGACGCCAUGGAGCUGGCUGUCGGCGGCGGGAUGCGGCGGUCGGCGUCGCACACCUCGCUGUCGGAGUCGGAUGACUUCGAGCUCACGCGGCUGCUCAGCAAGCCGCGGAUCAACGUCGAGCGCCAGCGCUCCUUCGACGACCGCUCGCUUAGCGACGUCUCGCACUCGGGCGGGUACGGCAGGGGAGGCUUCGACGGCAUGUACUCGCCUGGGGGCGGCCUGCGCUCCCUCGUCGGCACGCCGGCCUCCUCCGGGCUGCACUCCUUCGAGCCCCACCCCAUCGUCGGCGACGCCUGGGAGGCGCUCCGCCGCUCCCUCGUCUUGUUCCGCGGCCAGCCCCUUGGCACCGUUGCCGCCGUCGACCACGCGUCCGAGGAAGUCCUCAACUACGACCAAGUGUUUGUGAGGGAUUUCGUGCCGAGCGCGCUGGCGUUUCUGAUGAAUGGCGAGCCAGAUAUCGUCAAGAACUUCCUUCUGAAGACCCUGCUGCUGCAGGGCUGGGAGAAGAAAGUCGACCGGUUCAAGCUCGGGGAGGGUGCCAUGCCGGCUAGCUUCAAGGUUAUGCAUGACGCCAAGAAGGGGGUCGAGACCCUACAUGCUGAUUUUGGGGAGAGCGCCAUUGGGAGGGUUGCGCCUGUGGAUUCGGGGUUCUGGUGGAUCAUACUCCUCCGGGCCUACACAAAAACCACCGGUGAUUUGACGCUGGCAGAGACGCCGGAGUGCCAGAAAGGGAUGAGGCUCAUACUCAGCCUGUGCUUAUCCGAGGGGUUCGAUACCUUCCCGACAUUGUUAUGUGCUGAUGGUUGCUGUAUGAUAGAUCGCAGAAUGGGUGUAUAUGGCUACCCUAUUGAGAUUCAGGCCCUUUUCUUUAUGGCACUAAGGUGUGCUCUUCAAAUGCUUAAGCAUGAUAAUGAAGGGAAGGAGUUUGUAGAGAAGAUUGCUACUCGCCUUCACGCUUUAAGUUAUCACAUGCGGAGUUAUUUUUGGCUCGAUUUCCAACAGCUAAAUGACAUCUAUCGUUACAAGACAGAAGAAUAUUCCCACACUGCUGUCAACAAAUUCAAUGUCAUUCCUGAUUCAAUUCCGGAUUGGCUAUUUGACUUUAUGCCUUGUCAGGGUGGGUUUUUCAUUGGUAAUGUCAGUCCUGCCAGGAUGGACUUCCGAUGGUUCGCACUUGGAAACAUGAUUGCUAUACUUUCUUCCCUUGCAACACCUGAGCAAUCUGUUGCUAUAAUGGAUCUUAUUGAGGAGCGUUGGGAAGAGCUCAUUGGUGAAAUGCCUCUGAAGAUAUGUUAUCCUGCUAUUGAGAACCAUGAAUGGCGAAUUGUGACGGGCUGUGAUCCAAAAAACACUAGAUGGAGUUAUCAUAAUGGAGGAUCGUGGCCAGUACUUCUGUGGCUGCUGACUGCAGCCUGCAUCAAAACUGGACGGCCACAAAUCGCAAGAAGGGCAAUUGACCUAGCAGAAAGGAGGCUGUUGAAGGAUGGAUGGCCUGAGUACUAUGAUGGGAAGCUUGGUCGGUAUGUUGGCAAGCAGGCGAGGAAAUUCCAGACCUGGUCCAUCGCGGGGUAUUUGGUCGCCAAGAUGAUGUUGGAAGAUCCUUCACAUCUCGGCAUGAUCUCCCUGGAAGAGGAUAGGGCAAUGUUGAAGCCUGUUUUGAAGCGGUCUGCGUCAUGGACAAACUGAGAUGGCCACAAAAAUUUUUAGGGAAGCAAAGGCUGCUGAAAACACGAGUUCUUGGGGGUAGCAUCUCCUUGUCUGCUGAUCCGUUUCCUUUGACUUCCAAACAUGGAUGGUUUGUGUCUUCUGGAUUUUCCUUGGUUGUACAAUAUAUCAGCUCGUUUUCUGAGUUGAAAGAAAAAGAAGCAACUGCAGAAAUGGGCAUUUUGUUUUCUUCUUUCGCAAUCUCUGUAAGAAGAUACUCUGAUUCUUGCUUGGGUCAUCCUAUAAGUUGUGGAUCCUUUUGGUUAGAGUCAACUUUGUUGUGCCAGUGGAUUAUACGGAUGAGUAAGCUGAUUCCAGCUUCCCUGUGAAGCAUAAGUGCUCUUUCUAACGAAUGAAUAAAGCUCCUUUCUCUGUGUUGCUGG